AUGUCCGCUGAAGAGGAGCUACUCCAGCUACGACCACGUGACGUGGAAAUUGCCGCUGCAAAGGAUACGAAAUCAACAGCUGCCGAUGAGUCAACAAUCGCACCGAAACCCAAAGAGCAGUGGGGCAAUGAAAUUGAAUUUCUAUUCUCCUGCAUUUCAUUGUCUGUAGGCUUGGGCAAUAUUUGGCGUUUUCCAUAUAUCGCCUUCCAGAAUGGUGGUGGCGCUUUUGUCAUACCAUAUUUAAUUGUUUUACUAAUUAUUGGACGACCGGUGUAUUAUUUGGAGAUCAUAUUGGGACAAUUCUCAGGACGUGGCUGUAUUAAGGCAUUCAAUAUGACGCCAAUUAUGAAGGGUGUUGCCGCUGGUCAGGUGCUUGCCACUGGCGCCUCCAUUACUUACUACUCGAGCAUAAUGGCCUUAACUUUACGUUUUCUAAUAGCUUCCUUUUCGAAAGUCCUGCCAUGGAGUUACUGUCGCGAGGAGUGGGGCGAUAGGUGCCUUAAUGAAACAACCUCAGCAGCUGCUAAUGACAGCACAAUGAGCAGCCUUGUGAAUGAGCAGAGGGCAAAGAUGUCACCAGCGGAAUUGUAUUUUCAAAAAGAAAUUUUGCAUGAACAAGAUGACAUUUUCAAUGGCUUAGGCACACCUAAUUGGGAGUUGGUAGGCUGCUUGGCGGUGGCCUGGUGCAUAAUUGGUGGUGUGCUGAUAAGAGGCGUGAAGAGCUCCGGUAAGGCUGCAUACUUUCUGGGCGUUUUCCCCUAUGUGGUGCUAAUUGUGUUACUGCUGCGCGCUGUUACUCUGCCCGGUGCUAUGGAUGGUAUAAUUUACUUCUUCAAACCACAAUGGUCGGAAUUGUUAAAUCCACUGGUCUGGUAUGCGGCAGUUACACAAGUUUUCUUCUCACUUGCAAUUUGUUUUGGCACUCUGAUCACCUACGCCUCCUACAAUAAUUUUUCACGCAAUGUUUAUAAUGACAUAGUCAUUAUCACCACUAUGGACUCAUGUUCAUCCAUUAUAGCGGGCUGCAUUACCUUUGGCAUACUGGGCAAUUUGGCCUUCAAGACUGGUGCGCCGGAUGUAGCCAGCGUUGUUAAGGGCGGUGCUGGUUUGGCUUUCAUAUCGUACCCUGACGCCAUUGCCAAAUUCGAAUUCAUUCCACAGGCAUUCGCGGUCCUUUUCUUUUUGAUGUUAUUUGUAUUAGGUAUCGGCAGUACGGUUGGCAUGGGCUCCUGCAUUGUACGUGUGAUACGUGAUCGUUGGGUGCGUGCACCGAACUGGGCAUUAGCGCUGAGUUUAGCUGUGUUGGGCUUCACCGUAAGUAUUGUUUAUAUGACACCUGGUGGCCAGUUUGUGCUGAAUCUGGUGGAUUUCUAUGGCGUAUCGUUUACGGCGCUAAUUUUGGCUAUAUGUGAACUAUUGGCUGUUGGUUGGGUUUAUGGUGUGAAACGCUUCUGCGCCGACAUUGAAUUCAUGGUUGGUUUGAAAACUGGUAUUUAUUGGCGCAUUUGUUGGGGUAUCAUCACACCUGGUCUAAUGUUAGCUGUGCUCAUUUAUACACUCAUCGAUUUGAAACCGUUAACAUACAAAAACAUCGAUUAUCCGGGUAUAGCGCACACAUUUGGCUGGUGCUUAUCCGCUAUUGGUCUACUGCAAAUACCUGGCUGGGCUCUGUAUGGUGUUUUAAAACAGAAAAACUGCGCUAACUUCCUUAGUAAAAUUUAUGCUGCCGCUGCUCCUGCUAAAACAUGGGGUCCAUUGGAGAUUCAAAAUCGUGAAGAAUAUAGAAAUCAUCGCCGGAAGUGUGAACUGCAAACAAAGAAGAGAUCAGUUUUACAAAGAGCUUAUGAGAACAUAUUUGGUUGAGUUACCUUACAAGCAGCUUUUGCUAUAAAUUUAAUAAAAAAAAAAAAUUGUAUUGAAAAUUCUUUUCUAUGUGACUAAGUAUGUUUUUAAUUUUUUCUCAUAACGUAAAUUACACUUUAGACUCGCUUCUGUAGUUAGUAAUAAAUUAAAUUAAAAAAAAAAAUAAAUUCAAAACUAAACUACUUCAUUUUCA